UGGUGGCUGUGGUAACGUCACUCCUCUCAUGUUGUCGCUCAGAAAUGUCGCCGUAUCUUCUAGUCGCAACUCUCUCCCCUCAAUCCAAGAUUCAAGAAUCAUCCCGACACUCUCGCCAUCCAUCAGUCCUUGAAUAAGUGGCACCUGAGAACCCCCGCUCCUGUUUCGGGAUGGAAGGAUACCCCGUGACUCGACAGAGAGGGAAGCAACGAGCGCUGCUCCGCGCUACGGCCCUAUCAUCGAGAAGAAGAUUCGCUGAUCUGCGGAACGACCUGGCUGUUCUAGUUGAAACGUUGCUGACCUGUCAGGGUGGGCGUUUACCAGUUCAAGUCCUUCCCCGCACUCUGCACGGAUCUGCGCGUAUGGGGCAGCACGCACCGAGUAUCUACUUUUGGUCUAAUUGACAUUGGGCCUGUUGAGACUCUCGCUCAAAGUCGGUGUGUUGAGCCGAGCCCUGAUCAGCCCCCUGGUUUGACGGUCGAGAGUCCAACCAAUAUGUCGUGGGGCGUAUAGCCACAUAUGCGCGGUUAUCGUCUCUCUAUUCCCUUUACAACCCCCUUUGUCAGCAUUCUUGGUCUGGCUGCAAUCGCCACUUCGACGACCUGAAUGGCCAACUCCGUCACUCACAAAAUUGAUGUCACAAGUCCGCUGCUCCAGUACAACGGCAAUUGGCUCCGCGGUGGCACCGAUGGGGACCUGGAGCAGAUCAGAUACGACCAGUUUACUUUUGUCUACUGCUCCAUUGGCGACACGUGCAGCAUAUCGCUCACCUUCAGAGGUACGGAGGUCCAUGCUAUCGGCGCGUUCCGGGGCGACUCGGGCGCGAUCCAGGCCCAGCUCGAUGAUCAGAGCGUUGAUCCACCCCCGCCCCCGGACGAUCCGAACCAGUUGGUGUUCCAGCAGAGUCUGUUCAGUCGUACGGAUCUCGCGGAUACGGCUCACACACUGACGCUGUCUCUGCCGAGUUCCUCGGCGGCAGUGAACAAGACUGUUGACUUCGACUAUUACAAUUGGACGUCGACGGUCAACUCUCUGGUCGAUGUGCGCUUUCAAGACGACCAUCCUGCGUUCGUGUAUGAUCCCCCGGCGGGCUGGACCACGAGCUUUGUUGGACUGGCCAGAUUCGACGGUGGGACUGGACAUUCCACUUCGAACACUCCGGGAGCCUCUGCGACUCUCACUUUCAAGGUACCGCAGUUUUACUCGUUUCGUUCGGACGACGACCUGACUUCUUCCAAGGGCGAUCGGGCCGCCGUAUAUGGCUCGAUCGGGUCGGGUGGUGGCCCCUUCACAGCGCAGUUGGAUGGCGCGACUGUGCAGAGCUUCACGACCUUGCGCGAUGUAUCUCCGGGCGUCUCCGGCGCGACCUACGUGACCAAUCAAAUGAUCUAUUAUGUGGACGGGCUUUCGGAUGGCGCGCACACCCUUGUUCUGACUUCGCAGCCCAGUGCGACUACGCAGGGACUCGCGAUCGAUUACGCUAUCGUUGACGGCACCGCCAACAACGCAUCUCGGGCGGCCCCUUCUCCGGUGCCCCAGAACAACGAUACAGUUGUUCUCUCCCGCAGUCACGCAGCGGGAAUCUUCUCCACGACUGGGAUGGUGUCUUUGCUGCUACUGGUCUCCCUGGGCUAUGGGAUCGCACUGCGCCGCAGGAUUCAACUGCUGUCUGCGGGAUCCCAGACACGAUGCAGCGUACUUUUGCCUUUUGAUACGCGCUGUGAUGAGCCUUCGUCUCUGAGACCCAGACCCAACGCCAUGGCUUCUGCGGUGUUUUCUCCAUCGCCAACAUCGGGAUUGAAUACAGGGAGUCAGCCACCCGCGUACGAGCAAGUGCACAUCGAGGCGCCCCGUCUAGAACGGAUUCGGGGAAAAGGUCCUACUGCUGCUCGGUCAGAGGUUUGAUGUAUUGCGCUUCUUGUGCUGGCUUCGCGUGGGACGUUCCUUCUUCAUGUUGGACAAAUGUAAUCGACUAUACGUGUAAUUUACUCAUCGUCGAGCAAAGUAGGGCCAGAUCUGAAUGAAAAGAUCUAUUUCAAGAUCUCCCUAAGACUGGAUUGAGGAGGACAGUGAAUGUCUCCGUACCAACUUCCAGGUGGUGCUUCGCCACUCAUGAACAUGAUCCCCCUGGUGCUUAUCUUAUCGGUGUCAUCAUGGAUCAGUCGUUCCAUUGAUCUCAUGUCGCGUUACGGUAUUCCUGGACUUCUGUUUUUCACUUCCCACACGACAGCUACCGUUCAAUUCGCGACACCGAUUUCAAGUCUUUGUGAUUAGGAUCAAGCAACUUCUUGGCUGACGCUAUGCCUCCGCAGCCUGAAGCCCGCGACGGACCAAGACUGUGCAUUGUCUCCGCCCGAAUGACUCUUAACCGCCAAACGACGGUACUGUGGCAUCAGCGCGACUCCGCGCCGGUCCUCAUCUGGUAGUGAACCUACCGCGACCUCUCACCCGGACAAUCUCCUCGCAUCCGAUUCGUCGCGCGGAGAUUUGUUCAUUGCCGGCUGCACGGACGUGGCGGAGAGCCUACGUGCGCGGAGCGUGUGUCUCUCAAGCUGCUCUUUUACACCCUCUCGUUCCGUCAACCGAUUGCGGUACUGACUUUCUACGCGGAGAGCUCGCCGCUUCGUUGCUGCUUUCAGUCACCCGCCAAAUAGAGCUGCGUUGCGACCCCGGGCGUUCCCGUUGGCCAUCUCGUCAUUUCUCGUAUCCACCCACCCUUGGGCUCUCCGCCUUGGCAAGCGGAGACUGACAAUGCAGUUGCCCUCCGCGGCAUGCUCUGGGGUUCGUAUCCACAGCGGCUGGAUUCGGUCUGUGCCAGGUGGGUGGGUGAGUGGUCCCUCCCGCGCCAAUGGAGCCUCGAAGAUGAAAAGGUGGAUGACGUCGGCGUGGACUGGACUGGGGGCGGCGACUGCUCUGUGCAUAAUGCCCCAAGGCCUGGACCUCGAAACUGUAAAGCCUGUGUCGAGGACGCUGUAGUCGUGAGCUCCGAUGAUGCUCGCUGUUUGCGCAUGCAGUCACAGCUCUGCAAGAGGGCCGGUUCCCGAACCUGUCGCAGAGGGUGCCAUCGCCACCCUCAGUUGACAGCUUUUUAGUGUGCUUUCUCUGAUGUCAUCAUUUUGCACUGUGCAUUUGACAUCGAGCAUUUACCGGCGUCUCAGUCUUGCGUCUUUGAUCAAGUUGGGCCGUCCGCCAGUGCAUUCCGAUCGAGCCAGCUGCAGCUCUUCUCCGUUCCUGCGUUGACCAAUCAGGGUCCGGUCCCGGGUCCUGUGACACGACCACCCGGCCGACGAUCUUGAUCGAAGUGGGACACGGUUCUGCUGGGGUCGCAGUUCCAGAUGACUGCAAUGAAGGUGUCGACCGGAGCGCUCAGAUACCGCGGCCUUAGUGCACUCACGAAGGCUCGCAUUCAAGCCUAUCGAAGGAGCGUUCCGAAUCUGCGCGUUCUGCAACUUCUGUUCCCGGCACGUGCAGGCCUUCUGCCAGCGACGUCAGCCCAAGGAACGCGUCAGGCCCUUGCCAAUUCAAGUCUCCUGCUUCCCGUAAUGACCAGAUCCAAUCCGGAUGCGGGUACCCUCGUAUAAAGGGCUCCGAACAUGUCUAACGACGGCGCGUCCCACAAGUCGACCUCGCAACUGAACAGCCCCCUCUCCUCUGGGAACGCACGCGGUCCCCGCUCGCCCACGUCGAGUGUCUCGCGCAUCCGAGAGACGCUGCGCGAGCCGUUCGCCGAGUUUCUCGGUGUCGCGUUCCUAGUCAUCUUCGGUGCUGGCGUCAAUUGCCAGGUCACCCUGUCGAGCUCCCCGGGCGUCUCCGCGACCCCCAAAGGUGACUACCUCGCCGUCAGUUUCGGAUGGGCCGUCGGGCUCUGUUUGGGUGUCUGGAUAUCGAGCGGGAUCUCGUCUGGCCACAUCAACUCUGCGGUAACACUAGCUAUGGCGACUUGGCGCGGCUUUCCGUGGCGGAAAGUUCCGGGAUACAUCCUUGCGCAAACCCUCGGUGGAUUCGUGGGUGCCGCAUUGGUAUACGCCAACUACUUCCACGCGAUCGACAUCUACGAAGGGGGGACCGGCGUCCGAACGCUCAAAACUGCUGGCGUUUUUGGCGCCUACGCCAUUGACUACCUCUCGAACCCCUCGGCGUUCUUCUGUGAGCUGUUCGGGACUGCCGUGCUCGUGUUCGUCAUCGUCGCGCUGUUGGACAAGAAGAGCUCCGCGCCCUCGCCGGCCCUGUUCCCCAUCGCGAUCUUCAUCACCAUGCUCGGCAUCAGCUCGUCCCUGGGAAUGCAGACCGGCUUCGCGCUGAACCCCGCUCGGGACUUUGGACCCCGGCUCUUGUCGGCUGCGGUCGGAUACUCCUCGGCCGUGUUCAGCUUCCGCCACCAGUACUGGAUCUGGACGGGGAUCCUGGCCCCCAUCAUUGGGGCCCAGCUUGCGGUCGCUGUGUACGAUCUUUUUUUGUACAACGGGGAAGACAGCAUCGCCCAUAAAAUCUCCGAUGGAAAACGCCCGGCUGAGCGCGACGAGUCUGUGUGAUGCAGACGCAGUAUACAUAUCGGGAUGAAGCUCGCUCGCUCCCGCCUUCCAGCUUCUCAGAUUCGAGUCUUCCCCGAGAUAUACAGUAACUAACUCCAGGGCCUCGCCUCGGCUCGCUAUACCGUUUACUUAGUUUGACGACCCCUUCCGGCUUUCGCGCUGACGAUUUUUCUAUGUUUCAAAUAAACGCGUUGACAAUGAUGUACUGUAGAAGAAUGAAUAUUACUUGCUUUUAUGAAUUGGA